AAGUUACAACUCCACUAAACUUAAUGAUGUUGUCAAUUUUUAAACACAAGGAUUUAUAACUAACUUUCUAUUGAGUUAUUACCUGUCGUUCAAGACCUUGAAUUUAUCUCCUUUUUUAGAAGAAAAAUCAGGAAAUACUAAUAUAAUGUUUAAUCUGCAUAUAGUAUUGUAUAUACACGUAUUUUUGGUCUAGCUUUUUAAAGAUAGAUGUGAAGCAAGUUUGUCCAUGUAAUGGUCGAACACUAAGAUAUGCAAGGGUCCUACGAUGCAUAUUGGUCAAAGUCCAUUGGCACAUUAUUUUCAAUAUAAAAAUAUGAACAACUUGUAGUAACCACCACGCUUAACGCGAGUUUUAGCUUAAAGUAUUAACAUUGUCCUCAUUAAUAUUCUUUUUUCAAAUAUAUUAAACCAACCACGAAGAGUAUCGGCCGGCUUAACAUAUAUGAAAAUUGUGGGUAAUUUUUCAUUAGAAAAAAAAAACUGAUUUCUUUUUGAAAUAAUAGAUUAAAAAAGGAGGAAUUGGAAAGGGACCUUUGAAGCUAGACGACGAUCAACGUGGUUGCCAAACACACUUUCUAAAAGUGUUAUAUAAAUGAUAUCCCCUGUUUCUUCUCAUCCAAGCGACAGUGUCUUUCAUUUUCUUCCUCAGUGUUUUAUUUCUUUGCGAUUAAGAUGGAAGGCGAAGUAGCACAGAAGAACACAAGAGUCAGCUGGUCACUGCUUCGACCAUUUCAAAUGAUAUCCAUUAGUCUUCUUAGCCUCCUCGUCCCUCUCUCCUUCCUCUUCCUUUCACGUCUCUCUCUCUCCUCAGUUCCCGUCACCGUCUCCCGCGUAUCCUCAUUUCUCCAUCAAGCCGAUGUCGGAGUCUUAUACACAAUCUUAUCUCUCAUCAUCGUCUCCACUUUAGUCAACAACCUCUCAGGAAAACCAGAAUGCUCUCUUUUGCAUUCCCAUCUCUACAUCUGCUGGAUCGUUCUCUUCCUCGUCCAAGCUUGUGUCGCCUUCGGAAUCGAAGGAAUCAUGAGCACCACCACGCCAACAAAUCCAGACGAAAACUUAUUUCUUGCAUCACAAGAAAGGUGGGUCUUGGUUAGGGUUAUGUUCUUUUUAGGGCUACACGAAGUGAUGAUGAUGUGGUUUAGAGUGGUGGUUAAGCCGGUGGUCGACGACACCGUUUUUGGGGUUUACGGGGAGGAGGAGAGAUGGUCGGAGAGAGCGGUCGUUGCGGUGACUUUUGGUUUAAUGUGGUGGUGGAGGCUAAGAGACGAGGUAGAAAGUUUGGUGGUGGUUGCACAGGUUAAACGUAAGCUUCUGGCUAGUUUGGAUGCUUUUGACUUUUUGAACUGGUGGAUGUAUUACAUAUGUGUUGCGAUUGGAAUGGUGAAGAUCUUCAAAGGUGUUUCGUAUUUUGUGAAUAUGUUCAUUUUGACCAUUAAGAGGUCGAGAAAAGGAUGUGAAUCUUGUGUUGUUGUUGAUGUUGAUCAUGUGUAAGACAUUCGACACUUUUUAGUGUCAAUUAAAGUUAAAAAAAAAACUCAUUCAGUUGUUUUUUAUCAUUCUGAUUUCUGACGGACUUAACUAGAAUG